AUUUUUUUUAAAAAAAUUGUUGACAUUUCUGAACAGGCUUGUUUUGGGCAGGCUGACAGGCGCAAACAUGGCGGCCUCCUUACGGCUAGGACAUCGAGCCGUUUUAACAGGUUUUAGGUUUAUUCCGUUUCAAAAAUGCACUCACGUAAGUCAGAGUUUGUCCAGACAACUGUUUCAGUCUGCAUAUUUAUCAGGGGUCGCCCCACUCAAAGUGCAAAUGCCUGCCCUUUCACCCACCAUGGAAGAGGGUAACAUUGUGAAAUGGCUGAAGAAGGAAGGUGAGGCGGUGGCAGCUGGUGAUGCUCUCUGCGAAAUUGAGACAGACAAGGCUGUGGUUACCAUGGAUUCCAAUGAUGACGGAGUACUGGCUAAAAUCCUGAUGGAGGAAGGCAGUAAGAAUGUUCGUUUAGGGACUCUCAUUGCCUUGAUGGUUGAAGAAGGGCAAGACUGGAAAGAAGUGGAGAUCCCUCCGCUUGUCUCCUCCCAGCCUGCUCCAGCUCCGCCCCCACCUGCAGCUGCACCGCCUUCCCCGACACCUGUUGCCCCACCCUCCAGAAGUGCACCUGCCAUUGGACCGUUGAGGCUGAGUCCUGCUGCCAGACACAUUUUAGACACACAUGGUUUGGAUCCUCACUUGGCUACUGCCACGGGGCCACGAGGGCUAAUCACUAAAGAAGAUGCUUUAAACCUUCUGAAAAAAGGAGAUGCAGGCCUCCAAGCAGCUCCACUGUCUGUGUCUUCUCCUGCUUCUCCACCUCCUCCUUCCUCCGCUCAUGUUCCUCCAUCAGCUCCAGGCUUAGGAAGGCCUCAUCACCCAGCCAUCUCUGUCCCUGGAAAACCUGGUGCUCCAGGCACCUUCACAGAGAUCCCAGCCUCUAAUGUGCGGAGAGUGAUUGCACAGAGACUGACACAGUCCAAAACCACCAUACCUCAUGCGUAUGCCUCAGUGGACUGUGAUCUGGGAGCCGUGAUGCAGCUUCGCAAAGAGUUAGCCCAAGAGGAGAUCAAGGUGUCUGUCAAUGAUUUCAUUAUCAAGGCUGCUGCUGUUACACUCAAAGAAAUGCCAGAAGUCAAUGUGACCUGGUCCGGUGAGGGACCACAAGCACUGGACUCCAUCCAUAUUUCCAUUGCCGUGGCGACCGAGCGUGGCCUCAUCACGCCUAUCAUCAAAGAUGCGGCAGACAAAGGCGUGCAGGAGAUCUCCGCCAACGCCAAGGCACUGGCUCAGAAAGCAAGAGCAGGGAAACUGUUACCAGAAGAAUAUCAGGGAGGAUCCUUCAGUAUCUCUAACCUGGGGAUGUUUGGCAUCAACGGCUUCAGUGCAGUAAUUAAUCCUCCUCAGGCCUGUAUCCUGGCAGUGGGGCGAUCGAGGGCUGAGCUGGCGCCGGAAGCAGAGGGCUUCUGCACACAACACCUGAUGACCGUCACCCUGUCCAGCGAUGGACGUCUAGUAGACGAUGAACUUGCCUCACGCUUCCUUGAAAAGUUUCGCAACAAUUUGGAGAAGCCCCAGCGCAUGGCCCUUGCCUAGACAAGAGGAAAGAAGAAGAGAGUCGGAGAGCGACAUGUUUUAGUACACUGAAUGUUACUAUGAUCUACAGUAGUGUAGCAGGAUUAGUACCUUUAUUAAAGAGAGCUAUUUAAAAAGAUAUACACACAAUUAAAAUGAACUUUGUUACCCAAGACCCCUCUUUAACUUGUAUUUGCUGUUAAUGAAAGGCAAGAUUUUGUUGUGGUACGUUUGGACUUAUUUGGGUAUUUAAAUAUUUCACUAUUGUAAUAUUUCACAAACGGGUCAAUAUAAAAAUAUGGCACUUUAAUUUAUUUGGUCUUCAGUUAUGACCACCAUUUUUCAAGCAUGUAUUCUUUUUAUAUUUCUUCUGAAAUCUCAGAGGAAAUAUGGUGAAAUCUCAGAUUGCUGCCCUCCUAAAUGGAACGACUGGCUCCAAGCUCACGGUCACUGAAAUGGGCAGUCACACAGCCCUCUCCAUAUGCUUUCAGCUGUCCUAUGACAUUACAUGAGCAGCAGUAGAAAAACAAACAAAAAAAUUGCUGCCUUCCACAUAUCUUGCUGGAAGAAUAUUCUUACCCUUUAUUGCAUGGUGCUAUAUGACCAUGAGGCAAGAGGUUAAUUAGCAACACUUUACUCUGUGGUGUCAUACACCAAACAGUAACACAAAAUAAAAUGAUCAACUGAA